CCCAGGAGCCGCGGCCGGAGCGGGCGGCGGUGCCCCAGGCCGCUGGCGGCGCGGGACGGCUGCGCUACGCCGUUCUGUGAUCUGAGCGACCUUCGACCCUGUGGAGGCUUUCCCGUGGAGUUAGGCUGUGGAUUCUGGAUUCCAGUUCACUGCACAUCACAAGGUGUGCAUGUUCAGCUCAUCGGUAAGACCUGAUCACCCAGUAGACAUGAUGAACAUCAAGGCCUUCACCUUGGUCUCUGCAGUGGAACGGGAGCUGCUGAUGGGCGACAGAGACCACAUCAGCAUUGAGUGUGUGGAGUGCUGUGGCAGGAAUCUCUAUGUUGGUACCAACGACUGCUUCAUUUACCACUUCCUGUUGGAGGAGAAGGCCAUGCCUACAGGGACAGCUACAUUCAUUGCCACCAAACAGCUACACAGACACCUGGGCUUCAAGAAACCUGUGAACGAGCUGUGUGCGGCCUCAGCUCUCAAUAGGCUGCUGGUGCUCUGUGACAACUCUAUAACCCUGGUUAACAUGCUGAACCUGGAGCCAGUCCCCUCAGGAGCCCGCAUCAAAGGGGCUACAACAUUUGCAGUAAAUGAAAACCCUGUGAAUGGAGACCCUUUCUGCGUGGAGGUGUGCAUCAUUUCCGUGAAGCGCAGGACCGUCCAAAUGUUUCUGGUGUACGAGGACCGAGUGCAGAUUGUCAAGGAAGUGUCCACCCCAGAGCAGCCUCUUGCUGUGGCUGUGGAUGGCUACUUCUUGUGCCUGGCCUUGACCACACAAUACAUCAUCCUGAACUACAGCACAGGCCUUUCCCAGGACCUGUUUCCCUACUGCAGUGAGGAGAAGCCACCCAUCGUCAAGAGGAUAGGCAGACAGGAGUUCCUGCUGGCUGGCCCAGGAGGCUUGGGCAUGUUUGCCACUGUGGCCGGGAUUUCCCAGCGUGCCCCUGUACACUGGUCAGAAAAUGUGAUUGGGGCAGCUGUUUGCUUCCCCUAUGUCAUAGCACUGGAUGGCGAGUUCAUCACAGUACACAGCAUGUUGGAUCAGCAGCAGAAGCAGAGCCUGCCCUUUAAGGAGGGCCGCAUCCUGCAGGACUUUGAAGGACGAGUGAUUGUUGCUACAAGUAAGGGAGUUUACAUCUUGGUUCCAUUACCUCUGGAAAAACAAAUACAGGAUCUGUUAGCAAACCGGAGAGUAGAGGAAGCGUUGGUCUUGGCAAAAGGAGCCCGGAGGAACAUUCCAAAAGAGAAAUUUCAGGUAAUGUACAGGAGGAUUCUGCAGCAGGCAGGCUUUAUACAGUUUGCACAACUCCAGUUCCUGGAAGCCAAAGAGCUCUUCAGAAGCAGCCAGCUGGAUGUCCGGGAGCUGAUCUCUCUCUACCCCUUCCUGUUGCCCACCUCCUCCUCCUUCACCCGGUCUCACCCUCCUCUUCAUGAGUAUGCAGACCUGAACCAGCUGACCCAAGGCGACCAGGACAAGAUGGCCAAGUGCAAGCGCUUCCUCAUGAGCUACCUGAAUGAAAUCCGCAGCACAGAGGUAGCAAAUGGCUACAAGGAAGACAUCGACACGGCCUUGCUCAAGCUGUAUGCAGAGGCUGACCACGACAGCCUCCUGGACCUCUUGGUCACUGAGAAUUUCUGCUUGCUGACAGACAGUGCUGCCUGGCUAGAGAAGCACAAAAAGUACUUUGCACUGGGACUGCUCUACCAUUACAACAAACAAGAUGCCUCUGCGGUUCAGUUGUGGGUGAACAUUGUGAACGGGGAUGUCCAGGAUUCUACGCGCUCAGACCUGUAUGAAUACAUUGUUGAUUUUCUUACCUACUGCCUGGACCAAGAGCUGGUGUGGACCCAUGCCGACUGGCUGUUGCAGAAAAGUGAGGAGAUUGGAGUUCAAGUUUUCACCAAGAGACCUUUGGACGAGCAGCAACAGAAUAGUUUUAAUCCAGAUGACAUUAUUAGUUGCCUUAAGAAAUACCCUAAAGCCCUGGUUAAGUAUCUGGAACAUCUUGUUAUCGACAGGAGACUGCAGAAAGAAGAGUACCACACCCACCUUGCCAUCCUCUACCUGGAAGAAGUGCUGCGGCAGAGGGUACCCACUGGAGGCAAGGACGUAGAAGCCACUGAGACACAGGCCAAACUCCGGAGGCUGCUCCAGAAGUCUGACUUGUACCGCGUCCACUUGUUGAAAGAGAAAGUCCGGAAUGCUGGCCUGCCCAUGGAAAGCGCCAUCCUCCACGGGAAGCUGGGCGAGCAUGAGAAGGCCCUGCAUAUCCUGGUGCACGAGAUGGGGGACUUCUCUGCAGCCGAGGACUACUGCCUGUGGAGCUCCGAGGGUCGGGAUGCAGCCUGCCGCCAGCGCCUCUUCCACAUGCUGCUUGCCAUGUACCUCCGUGCGGGCCCCUCUGCCCAGGAUCUGACCGUGGCUGCUGUGGACUUGCUAAACCAUCAUGCCAGGGAGUUUGAUGCCACCCAGGUUCUACAGACACUGCCCGACAGCUGGUCGGUGCAGCUUCUCUGCCCGUUCCUCACGGGGGCCAUGAGGGACAGCAUCCAUGCCAGGAGGACCACACAGGUGGCCCUUGGCCUGGCCAAAUCAGAAAACCUGAUUUACAUGUAUGAUAAGAUGAAGCUGAAGGGAAGUGCAGUCCGGCUCUCAGAACACAAGCUUUGCCAGCUCUGCCAGAACCCUUUCGGUGAACCUGUGUUUGUCAGAUACCCAAAUGGAGGGCUUGUGCACACCCACUGUGCUGCCAGCAGACACAUGACCCCCAGCUCACCCAGCCCUGGCACUCGGACUUGAAAAGUGUGGUUGCAAAGAAGAUUAUGAGUUCUUUUCCAAACCUCUGUGUGUGUGUGUGUGUGUGUGUGUGUGUGUGUGUGUGUGUGUGUGUGCCAGAACAAAGGGAAGGAGUCCAGGCACCAGGGAAAUGCUAUCCCUGGGACACAAGAGCACUUCACUGCUGAUUGUUCUUUGUGUGAAUGUAAAUGGAAAAGGCCUGAACACCCUCCUCCCCACCUAGGAUAGUGACAGGCCAGAGUCUGCCUGUCCAGGAGGUUACAGUCAUCCAAAGCACAAGCCAACUUUGAAAAGCAUGCAGUGUACCCUGGUGUAGACACAGGUGGGGCCUGGAAAUGGGGUCUGCCUGGCCCAGGCAAGUGUCCAGGGUGCCAAGGCCAGAGCUGGGCACCUUGCCUAUGAGGUAUGCUCUUCACAUAGGCUCCACAUCUGCCCCUAAAGUAGAUAUAGCUUCUGUUCUUCCCAUCUAGUUGUCAACCUCUGAAACCCUCUGCCUCCUUUCCUUAAGCACUCUCUUGGUGUAAAGUCCUAUGGUUCUGGCUGUUCUAGAUUUCCACAUGGAAAUCUAUUUAGAAAGAGAGAAAGCUUGAAACAGAUGGAGUGGUGAAAUGAUUCAGUGGGCAAAGGCACUUGGCACCAAGCUGACAACUUGAAUUCAAUCCCCAGAACAUACAUGAACGCGCAUGCGCACACGCACAUACAAUGGGGAAAAGAGGAGAGGUCUAAGUGGGAAACUGCUUUGCCUGUCCUGAAGACAGAAAAGAGAGCCAGGUUUGUGAGGGCCCAGAAGCAGGUUCCUUUUCAUCUACUUACCAACUGGAAACACCUGGAUGGACAUACACAACUCAGUGUCUUUAUUUGAAUUCAUAUAUCAUCUUCAUAGUUUUCUCUGAUUUGGAAUUUCUUCAGUCAUACUCAUUACAGAUAUCUCUUUCCUUAUUAAAAUGUACCUCCUACUGAAUACUUGGGAAAUUCAAAGGGAAAUGUGAUCAGUAAACCAAUGAGCCUUCCAGGAGAGGCUCCUGCUGGCCUCUGCCCUGUAGCAUGCAGCUGGCAGAGCUGCCUUCCCCUGUUCUGCCCACAGGUUUCUGCAGGAUCUUAGGAGGCCAGGCCACCUUAUCUGCCAGCACUUUCCAUGCCUGCCCUGAACUUUCCUGAUCCUUGAGAGGAAAGGUCUCAUCUGUGACCAACUGGACUUGGUGUCUGUCAUUGUCACAGACAAACUGCAGCUCUUGCCAUUUCUCUUUGACGUCUCAGAGCCAUCCGCGGGAUGGUGACUGUAUGAGAACCUCAGGGCAGACAGCACACUCUCUACCAGGAUGCUUGGAAAAGAAGCAUCACCUCCUGGGCUGACAGGAUGGCCCCAGAACAUACCCCAACCCAUCUGCCAGACCCUCCCUCCUCCCCCUCCCCCAUCCAUUCCUGACAAAAUGAUCUCUGCACUUAACAAUGAUCAGUGUAUUUCUUGUCCCUUUGGGAUUCUGAGUAAGCCAGGAAGUAAAAGCACCCGUGAGUGUUCAGAGGACUGACACUCUUCUCCCUACAUGUGUUGAGUGUCUGAAAAUAAAUGAAGUCUCCUUGCAGUUCCACUGUGUCCCAAGGAUGACUGAGAACACUCUUCUCACUGCAUGUCAUCACAACCUAUGAACUGGGUUUAAUGUUAACAAGGUCAAACCUGAACGCACUGUUUUUCAUGCACAAAACAGGUGCAAUCUCAGAAAGGGCUUGUGACCGCUUACUCCUAAUGGGGGACGCGAGUUUCUUCUCUGACUAUUGUUCGAUAAAGAGCAGCCUAACCCCACUACCACCACCACCAAGUCCUUUAAAGCAAACACUUCUACAAGGCAGAGAAUCACCUUACAUGUUACAAACUAUUAUUUCCUUACCUUCUUCGCACUCUCCCAGGGGCCAUUUCAUAAAUCCCAUUUUUAAGAUGAAUGCAUAGCAUAGUUUUGUCACGGCCCUGCUCUUUGGUGACUGUCCCUUGGGUAGGACGAGCUGACACUCGGCUCUGCUCUCUGCAACCAUCUUAGCUGGAGCAGCACUGGCUGAGCUUGGGUCACAUUUGUAUCUGUAAGGGAGCAGAAAUGUUCAAUUUGGGGAACUGUUUAUCUGCUGUUGCCUGCCAGGUGUUAAUGUAGGCCUGUCACUUAGGCUGUGGGCACUGGGGCUGAGCACGGAGCUGAGAGAGGCUCUUUAGCCAUGCUUGGCAGAGAAAUGGGUCACACUGUCACAUGGCACCUGUUGCACAAUGGGGCAGCCUGUUCUUCCUGCUUGCUCUCCCACAGGAAUCUGUCCUCCUAGCUUCCUUUGCCUCCUAACGGGUCCCAAAUCCACAAGAUGUACAAAUGUAAACUUGUUGAUUUUAUUAAAAUUCUUCUAAUUCUU